AUGGCAUCUUCAGCAUCUGCCUCAAGCAGGAUCGUCUGCCCCGUUGAGGCAGCAAACAUAGCGAGCCUCGUGGCGGCCUGGGAGCUUCGACGCGCCACGUCGACCCUCUUGAACUUCUUUGUCCCCCAGACUGAAGCCGAGAGGGCCGUUUCUGAUGCGCUCCGUAAGUAUCGGGAAGCUGAAGAUGCUCGAGUGGCGGCCGAAGCAGCCAACACUACGCCGCUUUCCGAAGCCGCCAAGGAGCGUAUCGCCUUGACGAAGGGGAGCAGGGAUGACCUGAUCGCGGCUUCAUUUAAAUGCAUGAACUUCGCUUCAGGCACCCGGCGUAGUAGUCCUGUUGAAAUUUUGGCUCUUUGCGACCUUGACUAA